AUGGCUCCAAGCAUUCAUCUUUCUACAUUUAUCCAUAGUGUAUCAGAUCAUGGCUCUCCUCAUCCGCCUUUAACCUCAUCCUCUAUCUCUAGCCAUGAAUAUAAACUUCUCCAUCAAUUUCUCAUUAUGUUCGAUAAGCCAAAGUUCUUUCUCGCUACAUCCUCCCUAAUCCUCUAUUCCUACUUUAACUUCGGCUUCUCACUCGAGUUUCAUGUUGUUCUUGAAUUGGAUGAAACUCUGGUAUGUGCUUAUGAGACUUCCAGUUUACCUGCCAUUGUUCGUAAUCAAGCCAUAGAUGCUGGAUUGAAUUGGUUUGAGCUAGAAUGUCUAUCUUUAGACAAGGAAAGUGAAGGCAAACCCAAAAUCAACUAUGUAAUAGUAUUCGAACGUCCUGGAUUGCACGGAUUUCUUACCCAACUCAGUUUAUUUGCUGAUCUUAUUCUAUUCACUGCAGGCCUUGAAGGUUAUGCUAAACCACUUGUUGACAGAAUAGAUGCUGAAAACAGAUUUAGUCGGAGACUUUAUCGCCCUUCAACAAGUUCCACGGAAUACAGAGAACAUGUGAAGGAUCUUUCUUGCAUAUCAAGAAACUUCUGCAGAAUUGUGAUUGUUGACAACAAUCCAUUCAGUUUCUUAUUGCAACCAGUGAAUGGAAUCCCAUGCAUGCCUUUUUCUGUUGGACAACCACAUGAUAAUCAGCUUCUUGAUGUCAUUCUCCCACUUCUGAAACAACUGUCUGAACAGGGUGAUGUAAGGCCUCUACUCUAUGAAAAGUUUCACAUGCCUGAAUGGUUUCAUAAACAUGGUAUCCCUAAUGGAUGGGUGGGAACAUAUGGGUAAACUUGUCAUUUGUACAGAGUAGAAAAAGCUUUUUGAGGCACCUAAACAUGGUGGUAAU